AUGUUGUCUCAGAGUUCAUCCGGCAACAACCCGUUGCUUUACUCGGAGGAAUAUGAUCGAGCUCGACGGUCACUCAGGCGACAGAGCGUACGUGAUGUGGCGCGGUUUCUACGGAGAGCGAGUAGUCGGCGGAUGAUGAGGGAGCCGUCGAUGCUUGUGAGGGAAACGGCCGCCGAGCAGCUUGAGGAGCGGCAAAGCGACUGGGCGCAUUCAAAACCCGUGGUGAUACUUGAUCUCAUAUGGAAUUUGGGUUUUGUUGUUGCGGUUGUUGUCGUUUUGGUUUUGAGCCGGGACGAGACACCGACAACGUGGUUGAGGUUGUGGAUUGUAGGGUAUGCGGUGCAGUGUGUUGUUCAUAUGGUGUGUGUUUGGAGCGAGUAUAAGAACACGCAUGGUCAUAGGUGGAACGGGGGCGGGGAAGCGGGUGAAGCUAGUGAGAGCGGAGAAGGGUCAAGUACAAGUAUCAGCCGUGCAGUGACAAAGUAUUUGGAAUCUACAAAUACAAUGUUUUCAUUCGUUUGGUGGAUCCUUGGGUUCUAUUGGGUUUCAUCAAAUGGACAAGCAUUGGCACAUGACUCGCCUAAGCUCUAUUGGCUUUGUGUAACUUUCUUGGCAUUUGACGUCUUUUUUAUUGUUUUCUGCGUCGCACUGGCAUGCGUCAUUGGUAUUGCCAUUUGUUGUUGUCUUCCAUGUAUAAUUGCUGUAUUAUACGUUGUUGCAGAUCAGGAAGGAGCAAGCAAAGAGGAUAUUGAGUUGUUGCCAAAAUUCACAUUCCACCGCGAAGGUGGUGCGGGAAGAACCAACGAUGAGAUUCAAGGGGUUUGUGGAGGAGUAAUGACCGAAUAUGGCACGGAAACACCCAUUGAACGUGUUCUCUCGCCCAAGGAUGCUGAAUGUUGCAUAUGUUUGUCAGCAUACGAUGAUGGAGUUGAGCUACGAGAGCUUCCAUGUUGUCACCAUUUUCAUUGCAGCUGUAUAGACAAAUGGCUAUAUAUCAAUGCUACCUGUCCUCUCUGCAAGUACAAUAUCUUAAGAGGUGAAAUAUUGUUUGACAAAAAAAAAAAAACUCAUUAA